AUGAGCCAUUCCAAGCCUUCAGGAAGCAAUGGUCUGACCUACGCCGACGCCGGCGUCGACAUCGACGCGGGCAACGCGCUGGUCAAUCGUAUCAAACCCCUUGUCAAGGCAACGUCACGGCCAGGUGCGGACAGUGACAUAGGCGGAUUUGGCGGUCUGUUCGACCUCAAGGGCGCCGGCUUCGACGAUCCGAUCCUUGUGGCGGCGAAUGACGGUGUUGGCACCAAGCUGAAAAUCGCCAUCGAAACCGGCCAACAUAGAACGGUCGGGAUCGACCUGGUUGCCAUGUGCGUCAACGAUCUUGUUGUCCAGGGUGCCGAACCGCUGUUCUUUCUCGACUAUUUUGCGACCGGUUCACUUGAUGUCGACACCGCGAGCGAUGUCGUGGCCGGGAUUGCGGACGGCUGCAAACUGGCAGGAGCAGCCCUGAUCGGCGGCGAGACCGCCGAGAUGCCCGGAAUGUACAAGGAAGGCGACUACGACCUUGCUGGUUUCUCCGUCGGUGCCGUCGAACGAGGGCAAAUCCUGCCACGCAAGGAUGUUGCUCAAGGCGAUGUGCUUUUGGGCCUGGCCUCCUCCGGCGUUCACUCCAACGGUUAUUCCAUGGUGCGAAAGAUCAUGGAACUGGCUGGACUUUCCUGGUCCGACGCGGCUUCGUUCGAGAACGGCAAGACGCUCGGAAGUGUCCUGAUGGAACCGACGCGGAUCUAUGUCAAACCCUUGCUUUCCGCCCUGAAACAAACCGGCGGCAUCAAGGCGCUCGCGCAUAUCACCGGCGGGGGUCUGCCUGAAAACCUUCCUCGCGUCCUGCCGGAAAACUGUUCGGCACGGAUCGACCUUUCUUCCAUCGAUGCACCCGCGGUUUUUUCCUGGCUCGCCAAAACAGGUGGUGUUGCGGAGAAGGAAAUGCUGCGCACCUUCAAUUGCGGUGUCGGCAUGGUGAUCGUGGUUGCCGACGACGAAGCAGAUGACGUCGCCAGAGUACUGGAAAACGAAGGGGAGCGCGUGACUAGGAUCGGCAGGAUAGAGGCCGAGGGUGACGCACCGGUUCUUUUUGACAAUUCCCUGGGCCUGUCGGCAUGA